CGGUAUUGCAAUCCGUGACCAUUUGCGGUCCUUGCUGAAUUUGAAUUCGCAGGUUCCCUUUGCAGGGUUGAUGUUGAUCUGAGCGGAAGCCCCGCUUACAGUCGUGUGAGUUGAGAUCGAGAGAAUUGCAGUUUGAAAUGGCUGAGUUAGGCUGAGUAGAUGAGGAGCAUGGAGUGCGAAUGCUCGUGAGGUGGUCGUGUUUGAUUUAGAGGGCUAUGGCUCGUUGUCAGAUUUGUUGGUGAAUGGGAAGCCGGUGGAUUUUCGUUGGAGUGUAAUUUGUCCUGGCGGCCAUGGAGCUUUACGGAGGCUUGAGCGGUAAGGGAUCGGAAUCUGAGAAGGAGAAUACGAAGGCGCAGUUGAGGAGUUGCCGGCUAGGGAAGCGAGUCUCGGUCGAUGGGCCGGAUGAAGAUGAGCCUUUGCAAGCCUGUAAGAAGAUUAAGAUGCAGCAGGAAAGCUUGAAGGCUGCGAAUCCAGUCGCACUGCAUAGAAACAGUUCUGGUCAUCGAAUUGGUAGUUGUAGCCAUGAUUUGAAGUCGUGGAGCCAGUGUAAUCUGGGCCUGGGGCUGGGAUUCAAAGGUUCCCGUAGUGAGGCGGCAUCCCAGAGGAGGCUUCCUCGGAAGGAAACAAGCGUUCAACCAGAGAGAUUGGAGAGAGAGGUCGGGAAAUUGGGUGGUCGGAUUGGGGAGCUUGUUUCACCCCUAAGCGGUCCUUUGGGGCUCACAAUUAAAGUGCACCGGCAUGGUAGGGCAACUGAUGUAUCGGAGAACAGGGAUACUAAUGCCGUGAGUGCAGGCUCCUUUGCUAGUGUAGGACGUUUUAGUUUGGUCGGGAAGAGCUCAAGAGGCGACGUGUCUUUGGAGACAGCCUCGGUGGGCUCUGCUUCGGUUGUAAGAAGGGAUUCGCAACCUGCACUCGAGGCAACUGUGGGGCAGAAGACUGUUUCACGGUUGUCUCAGUUCAUGAAUGUGUGUCCUACCGCUGGACAGAGUGCAAAUGUUGGGGUGUUAGCUGAACCAGUUUUAGCUCCGAAUGCUGCCGUGUCUGAGAAACUCCGUCCACUCUCUCGUUCUACUGCUAAGGAAGACACCCAGGCUACAGCGCCUUUGCCGGUGCGGCGGUCUUCUAGAAACAGAGGUGUAUCUGAUGAUCCUGAUAAAGAACCGAAUCGCUCAUUAUCUCAAUUAUCGAACGAAGAAAUUUCACCUCCAAGUGUUAAGAGGACUCUAGGAGCGAAAACCACUCGCAGUUCUGAUCCUUGCGAUGCAGGGAAAACUUCAAUCAAUGUGGAAGAGCAAUGGGACUUGCCUUCAAAAUCACAUGAGGGAGAGGAUGUGCCCUCAACAUCCGGCAGCAAUGCUGAAAAGCUUCCAACGAAAAGAUCACGGGGGAGGCCGAGGGUGUCGUCCUCAGAAGCAGUUGAAGAGAGUUCUUGGUCGAAUCCAAAGGCUUUAAAGAAAAAAAUUCAAGCUAAUCGAAGUUCAAUUGGUAGUUUACAGCCUGCGAGCGGACCGACCAAGCUCAGAACCGGGGAGAGAGACAACUUCGUGAAACUGAAUAUAAAUGGGAGAGGGGGACGUCGUAAGUUUACUAAUGGCAUCAGAGCUAAGAGGCCAAGUGUAUAUGGCCGACGGAAGACAUUCAAAAGAUACAAGAAAACAUCUCAGGACGAUGGCGAACCGGUGAUAGAUGAAGGUGAUAACAACGUGGAUACAACGGUUGGGCCAAGCAUACGGAAACCUGUAAUGAAGAAUCAAAACGGAGUGGAUGCCUGUGGUGCGUCGACUUUAGGGCGGUCGUUGUGGGUUGACGAAGGUUGGUUUAACAAAAGUGUCUCUACGGAAAUCGCAGCUACAUCGUGCCCAGUACCUGUGGAGAAGUCCCCGGAGGAUCUCGAGCGCUGCAAAGAAGCUGCCAAUAAGGCCUUGCUCGACCCGACCGAAGAGAAUUUGUCUUUCAUAUUGAAGCGCGUAUUUGGGCAUGAGACAUUCCGGCAAGGACAAUUGGUAGCUAUCCAACGUGUUCUGGCUCGGAAAUCUACUUUGUUGGUGUUGCCUACAGGUGCUGGGAAGUCUCUUAGCUAUCAGCUCCCAGCGUACAUUUUAACAGGCCUCACAUUGGUGAUUAGUCCGUUGGUGGCAUUAAUGGCGGACCAGCUCCAAAAGCUUCCUCCGCUGCUUCCUGGAGGUCUAAUUAAUAGUUCUCAGACAGCUAGUGAGAGCACCGAAAUAAUGAGUAAAGUUAUCUCUGGCCACAUCAAGGUGCUGUUUAUCUCGCCAGAGCGUCUGUUCAGUGAGACAUUUUUGACAGCCAUGGAUUCCCUCCCCGAAAUUUCGUUGGCUGUGGUUGAUGAGGCACAUUGCCUUUCGGAAUGGUCACACAACUUUAGACCUUCAUAUUACAGGCUUGGCAAAAUAUUGAAGCAGCGUUUGAGCGUUCCAUGCUUGCUAGCAUUGACUGCAACUGCAACAAAGGAUACUGAGUGUUCCAUCACUAAAGCCCUCUCUAUUCCAUCAUCUGGAAUACUGGAAGCAUCUUGCGUUCGUCAUAAUCUUCGUCUAUCUGUUUCAAGAUCUUCACAUAGACGCAAAGAUCUUCUCUUACUGCUGCAGUCCAUUCCAUUUUCAGACAUCAAAAGUAUCAUCAUCUACUGCACCUAUCAGGCUGAAGCUGAUGAUAUCAGCAGAUACCUGGAGGAGAACAAGAUCGCUGCUAAGAGCUACCAUAGCGGUGUAUCAUCUUCUGAGCGGACUCGUGUGUACCAGCUCUUCUGCCAUAAUAAACUACGUGUGGUGGUUGCCACUGUUGCCUUUGGAAUGGGUUUGGACAAAAGUGAUGUUGGUUCGGUGAUUCACUACAAUAUGCCUAGAAGUCUCGAGCAUUACGUUCAGGAAACUGGGCGUGCAGGUCGUGAUGGCAAGGCUGCUUUUUGCCACUUGUUUCUGGAUGACACAGAUUAUCUGAAACUUCGUAGUUUGGCACACAGUGACGGCGCAGAUACCUUCGCUGUGAACAAAUUUCUCUGUCGAGUGUUUCAGAGCCCACCAGAUGCAUCUAAGUCUAUGACUUCGAUCAACGUUGAACAGACAGCCACUGAAUUGGAUCUGAAAGAAGAGGUCAUGGCUACAAUUUUAUCUUUUAUGGAAGUAGGGGACGUGCAGUAUGUACACGUGCAUUCCAAGCUUAAAGCAACUUGCAACCUAACAUUUUACGCAACAUCUGCUGCUCUCCUCGCCAAACAUAGUGCGUUGGUGGCCACAGUCAUUCAAAAAUGUCAGCCCAAGAAUGGAAACUACACCUUUCAGGUUCCUGCCAUCGCAAAUGAUGCCGGUCUCUCCUUAUUGCAAGUGCAGCAAGAGCUCCAAAGAUUACAGAGCGCUGGAGAAAUUGCAUACGAGCUUCAGGACCUCGCAUUUUGCUUCUCCGUUCUAGAAGUGCCGGACGAUAUAUGUGCUCUGACUUCUUCGAUUUCUGCACGAUUGUCCGAGGUAGAAAGAUGCAAGGUGGCGAAGCUUGAUGCUAUGUAUACUGCAGCCGCAGCUGCUACGGCUCUUAGUAGCGAAGACAAGAACGUAGGAUCUGUAUGUACAGAUCAACAGCUAUCUCUGCAAAGCUGCAUCGCUACAUACUUUAGCAAAAAUCAAGACGACUUGAUUAAUCAAAGUGUACCCAGUAUCGUGGAGUCCACAAGCUCUUUCUUGAAGGCAGACAUCAAGGUCUUUUUGAAAACUCAUGAGAAUAAGAAUUUCAAUGGCAGAGCAGUUGCCCGUAUAUUUCAUGGACUAUGGAGCCCUGCUUACCCUUAUGCUGCCUGGUGCAAGAAUCAUUUUUGGGGGCGAUAUUCAAAGACUUGUUUUCAUGCUGUGAGAGAAGCUGCAACUAGUGAAAUAUUAGAUCAGCGAUCUAGGAGAAAAGUGGCGGAGUCUCAAGAUUGACUUGCCUACGGGCAUCCAAGGUGUGCAUCAUUGCAAUGAUGUUUUGAAGCUGGAUGCGUCAUUUCUUACUUUCAGCAUACACGCAUCUUUUUCUCUUACGGGAACUUUUCAGGAGAUGGGCACUUAGAAGUAACAUCCUGGAGAUCAUUAUUUUGAAGUGCCAUGGAGGAGAUCCUAGUUCUACCCUUUAUUAUGUUUUCAAUAUAAUCAUCAGAUUCUCUUACAUUUAUCUUCAACAUAAUAUUAAAUUUUGAACCUAGUGUCUUACUUCA